AUGAAUAUGGAAAACGACUUGAAGGAAGAACUGAAUAGAAGGAUGAGGACAGUGUGGGCAGCAUUCGCACCUGUCAGGGAAGCUACUAACCACCUGAUGGACCAAGAUCUUCCUGCCCAUCUGCUCGACUCGACAGUCCUUGCAGCGCUCUGUUACGCAGCGGAGACGUGGGCAGACACCGUUGCCACGUCUGGGAAGCUAUUUGCUACCCACAGAGCCCUUGAGAGACAUCUUCUGAAGUUCAGCCGGCACACACAACACCUACUCUGUCUUCGCAGCUCUGAUUUAAGAAGAAUGUCUUUUCUUCACGAUCCAGUAGAAUACAUAUCGAAAGCAAAGCAUGUGCCGGUCACAUCAUGA